AGAGAACUCCCCUGCACACCAUGCUGGUUUGGGAGCCUUUUGACUUCAUCCUAUCAAUAGGAAACACCAGACUGAACAGACAGAAUGACCUGCUGAAGGCUCUUCUGAAGGCCAACGUGGAGAAGGCGGUGAGGCUGGGGGUGUGGAGCACCAAGGCUCUUCGGGUCAGAGAGCUGGAGGUGGUUCCUAGCAACAUGUGGGGGGGGCAGGGGCUCCUGGGGGCUUCUGUACGCUUCUGCAGCUUCCAGGGAGCCAAUGAGAAGGUCUGGCACGUCCUGGAUGUGGAAUCUAAUUCCCCAGCAGCGUUGGCUGGCUUGCAGGCACAUCAAGACUUCAUUGUUGGAGCGGACCAGGUGUUGCAAGAUUCUGAGGACUUGUUCACCCUGAUCGAGAGCAGCGAGGGCAAGCCUCUGAAGCUGCUGGUCUACAACACUGGGACAGACCUCUGUAGACAGCUGGUGGUUACCCCCAAUGGAGCCUGGGGCGGAGAGGGCAGGUAAACCUCUCUCCACUCGA